AAGAUAGAUGGCGCUGCAGUGACGACGCGACGACCCAAGCAAGCUUGCUCUUCGAUAGAUUUGCUUCGAGCUCCAUACAUUUUCCUUUGAUCCCCUACUGACUACAGUUUGGUUGAGAAGUAAUUUCAAAAAUAAUUCAAAAUUUUCGCCAUCAGGAAAAAAGUUAAGAUGUCAGACAAGCCGAAGCGUCCUAUGUCCGCGUAUAUGCUGUGGCUGAACAGCGCGCGGGAGUCCAUCAAGGCCGACCACCCCGGCCUCAAAGUCACUGAAAUCGCCAAGAAGGGAGGCGAAAUAUGGAGGGGAAUGAAGGACAAGAGCGUUUGGGAAGAGAAAGCUGCCAAGGCCAAGGAACAGUACACAAAGGACCUGGAAUCCUACAAUGCCAAUGGUGGUGGUGGCGAGGGCGGCGGCAAGAAGGCCACCAAGCGAGGGAAGAAGGCUGGCAAGAAGACCUCAGCACCUAAGUCCAAGAAGAAGAAGGAGGAGUCUGACGACGAGGAGGGCGAGGAAGAGGAGGAGGAAAGCGAAUGAUCUCUCAACUCAUAAGAAAAACACUGUUCAUAUUGAAUAAUUUACUUGGACUUAAUUUAUUACAAAGUAAAAAGGGACUGACUUUCCAAAGUCUGUGUAAUGCAUUCAGGUUCGCAAUUUUUGUGUAAUUCAUAGUAUGACAUCUAGAUUAUAACUGAUUCUGUCAAGUUGUGUUUUUGGUACCUACAGAACUUGACUGGUGAACCAGAAUUUAUAGAAUUUUUUCAUGAUUGCCUUUAUUUUACUUAAUUUUAUGUUAGGCGCCAAUAUGAAUUUAUAUUUUCAUGAAAAUUGGGCAGAAUUGUUACAGCAAACUGCUAAGCUUUAAUUGAAUUUUUAAUUUUCUAUUGACAUAAACUUAUUUGCUACUUUUAAUUUUGUAGUGAUGGGUUUAAAUGGACUACAGAGUUUGGAAAGUCUCACCAUCGGCUAGGGUAGCCUCUAAGCCACACAAAAAAAUAAUGUAAUGUUAAGUGUUAGCAUGUAUACACCGGGGAAUUGUACAGUUAGCCCUCCCUUGUUAAGUUCGCUGUGACAACUGAGUGCUCACCAUCAUUAAGUUGUUUCUGACCCUAUUUUCAUCAAACUUGUCUGCAAACCUAAAUUCUUUUUGUAUUAUGUAUUUGUUUUGAAGCUGUGCUUUGUAUUCAAAUAUGCCAUAGUAUAAUGAUACUGUAUAAAACUAAGAUUAUUUUGUAUUUUCCUAGGACAUGGGAGUUGUAGUUGGACUUGUCUACCGUACCCAAUAUGUAAAAUUAGAGACUUCAUGAAGCUUAUUGUUAAUUAAAACCUACCUCUUCUCAUUGUAAAUUUCAAUGCUGAUGGUACCAAACAUUAAGCUAAGAACAGACAGCAUGGUUUACAUGCUGGGCAAUUUAAAAAUAGUUUAGGCAAUUGAUGUGUAUGUUGUAUUUUUAGUUAGUUAUAGGUAGGUUUUCAAUGUGAUUUGUCUCUCAAAUUUUACAUUUGUGUUAAUUUGUAAAUGAGAAUUAGCAUUCCUCGUGUCAAUACGGAUUUUACAUGUUCAAUAAAGUAAUUUCAUAUAAAUCUA